CAUGCUUCUACGCUGUACUGUACUGCUCCUCGUUCCGUAUUAUUCGUUCCGUCCCACACUCUGUCUAUUAUUCUCUCCUCUCUCUCUCCACCGCCCGAUCCAUCCAUCCCAUCCAACCCAACCGCCUUCUUUCGCCUGCUCUCUUCCAUUCUCCCAGUCUCCCAUUCUUGCUCUCUUCUCUCAACUUCCGCCUUCUUAUAUCUAUCCUCGCCCAGCGCUCCUCGUCUCCCAAUUCUCUUUUUCUUUUCUCUUCUCUUCUGCUCUGCUCUGCUCUGCCUCUUCUUCUUCUUCCUCCUCCUCCUCCUCUUCUCCUCUUCCUCUUCUCUUCUUCUCUCCCCUCUCCCCUCUCCCCUCUCCCCUCUUUUCUCCCCGCCAUUGCGCUGGCUUCUGAGGACCAUUCCAGCGCGUCAAAUCUCCUCCUAGAGGAGGAAGACUACUAAAUUCAUCCUUAACCCCAAAGGUUCUCGAAGUCAGGAGAAAAAACUAGGAAGGACGCCGUCUCUAUCCCCCAAUCGGCGUGCGCGCCUGACUUUUAUAGAAUAAAUCAGAAGGAAAAACCAGCAGAACAAAUCGAAAAAAAAAAGAAAGACAAAAACAACAAUGUCGGAUCCCACCGCGUCUGGUCCCCAGGGCCAUGGCAUCCCGCCAAACCACCUGGGAACCAACUUCCCGUCCGGUGACUUCUCCGAGAAAGCCACGGAACCCGUCCCCAACGAGAAGAAACCCCCUGUCCCCGAAGAUGACGACGAAGACGAGGACAUGGACGCCCUCAUCGAGGAGCUCGAGUCCCAGGACGGCCAUAUCGACGUGGAGGAUGAGGAAGACGGCGAGCCCGGUGGUGCCCGUCCUGUUCCUGAGGAGCUGCUCAACACCGACACGCGCCAGGGUCUGACGGAUGCGGAGGUCCUUGUGCGUCGCAAGAAGUACGGCCUCAACCAGAUGAAGGAGGAGAAGGAAAACUUGGUGCUGAAGUUCUUAAGUUAUUUCGUUGGGCCUAUCCAGUUCGUCAUGGAGGCCGCCGCUAUUCUUGCCGCCGGUCUCGAGGACUGGGUCGAUUUCGGUGUGAUCUGCGGUCUUCUCUUGCUCAAUGCCUGUGUCGGUUUCAUCCAGGAAUUCCAGGCCGGUUCUAUCGUUGACGAAUUGAAGAAAACCCUCGCUCUCAAGGCUGUCGUGCUCCGCAAUGGCCGUCUGGCUGAAAUCGAAGCUCCAGAGGUCGUCCCUGGUGAUAUUCUCCAGGUCGAGGAGGGUACCAUCAUCCCCGCUGACGGCCGCAUUGUCACGGAAGAAGCUUUCCUCCAAGUCGACCAGUCCGCCAUCACCGGUGAGUCGCUGGCCGUCGACAAGCACAAGGGCGAUACCUGCUACGCUUCCUCCGCCGUCAAGCGCGGAGAGGCCUUUAUGGUCAUCACCUCUACCGGUGACAACACCUUCGUCGGUCGUGCUGCUGCCCUUGUCAACGCUGCUGCUGCCGGGACUGGUCAUUUCACUGAAGUGCUCAACGGUAUCGGUACCGUUUUGCUCAUCUUGGUCAUUCUUACCCUCUUGGUUGUCUGGGUCUCCUCUUUCUACCGCUCCAACGACAUUGUCACCAUCCUCGAGUUCACUCUGGCUAUCACCAUCAUUGGUGUCCCCGUCGGUCUUCCAGCUGUCGUCACCACUACCAUGGCUGUCGGUGCCGCCUAUCUGGCCAAGAAGAAGGCCAUUGUCCAGAAACUGUCUGCCAUUGAGUCCCUUGCUGGUGUAGAAAUCCUCUGCUCUGACAAGACCGGUACCUUGACCAAGAACAAGCUCUCCCUCGCUGAUCCCUACUGCGUUGCUGGCGUCGACCCAGAAGAUCUCAUGUUGACCGCGUGCUUGGCUGCCUCCCGCAAGAAGAAGGGUAUUGACGCCAUUGACAAGGCUUUCCUCAAAUCUCUCCGCUUCUAUCCCCGCGCCAAGUCCGUCCUCACCCAAUACAAGGUGCUCGAAUUCCACCCAUUCGAUCCCGUCUCCAAGAAGGUCAGCGCUGUCGUCAUGUCCCCCCAAGGUGAGCGCAUUACCUGCGUCAAGGGCGCUCCGCUUUUCGUCCUCAAGACUGUCGAGGAAGACCACCCUAUCCCCGAGGAAGUCGACAACGCCUACAAGAACAAGGUCGCUGAGUUCGCUACCCGUGGUUUCCGCUCUCUCGGUGUUGCCCGCAAGCGUGGUGAGGGAUCCUGGGAAAUUCUCGGAAUCAUGCCUUGCUCUGAUCCUCCCCGACACGACACUGCCAAAACUAUCAACGAGGCCAAGACUCUCGGUUUGUCCAUCAAGAUGUUGACUGGUGAUGCCGUCGGUAUUGCCCGUGAAACUUCUCGCCAGCUUGGUCUCGGAACCAACGUGUACAAUGCUGAGCGUCUGGGUCUCGGUGGCGGAGGAACCAUGCCUGGCUCUGAGGUCUACGAUUUCGUCGAGGCUGCUGAUGGUUUUGCAGAAGUCUUUCCCCAGCACAAGUAUAACGUCGUCGAAAUUCUGCAACAACGUGGCUACCUCGUCGCCAUGACGGGUGACGGUGUCAACGAUGCGCCCUCCCUCAAGAAAGCUGACACCGGUAUCGCCGUUGAGGGUGCCUCCGACGCUGCCCGCUCUGCCGCUGAUAUUGUCUUCCUUGCUCCUGGUCUCUCUGCCAUCAUCGACGCCCUCAAGACCUCCCGCCAGAUUUUCCACCGCAUGUACGCCUACGUUGUCUAUCGUAUUGCCCUGUCCCUCCACUUGGAAAUCUUCCUGGGUCUCUGGAUCGCUAUUCUCAACACCUCCCUGAAUCUGGAACUGGUUGUCUUCAUUGCCAUUUUCGCCGACAUCGCCACGCUCGCCAUCGCCUACGACAACGCACCCUUCUCCAAGACCCCCGUCAAAUGGAACCUGCCCAAGUUGUGGGGUAUGUCUGUCCUUCUCGGCAUCGUCCUCGCCGUCGGUACCUGGAUCACCCUCACAACCAUGCUCGUCGGCUCCGAGAACGGCGGUAUCGUGCAAAACUUCGGUGUGCGCGACGAGGUUCUCUUCCUCCAAAUCUCCCUGACGGAGAACUGGCUCAUCUUCAUCACCCGCGCGAACGGACCAUUCUGGUCCUCGAUCCCAUCGUGGCAACUGGCUGGUGCCAUCCUGGUCGUCGAUAUAGUCGCUACUUUCUUCACGCUCUUCGGCUGGUUCGUGGGCGGACAGACGUCCAUCGUCGCCGUGGUGCGUAUUUGGAUUUUCUCAUUCGGGUGCUUCUGCGUCCUUGGCGGGCUGUACUAUCUGCUCCAGGGCUCGACGGGCUUCGAUAAUAUGAUGCAUGGGAAGAGCCCUAAGAAGAAUCAGAAGCAACGCUCACUGGAGGAUUUCGUUGUUUCACUCCAACGCGUCUCGACCCAGCACGAGAAGAGCACAUAAUUAUUUCCAAAAUCCUAGCCUACCUGUCCGACCUAUCCAUUCACCCACCACCCACCACCCAUCCGAACCAAAAGAAAAUAAUAUAUUAAACACUAUCCAGAUUACAUAGAGGAUUGGGAUCGGGAAGGAGGCCGUUUGGGAAUAUCUGUCUUUUUGUUUUUUGUUUUUUUCUUGUUCCUUUUUUUUUCUUUUCCUUUUUUUUUUUUCUUUGUUCUUGUCUUUUCUUUU